CCUACUCCCGGCGCUAUCCCCUCCCCUCCCCUCCCCUCCCGACUCACCCAGCCGGGCGCCGGCGAGAACCCUAACCCUACCCAAUGUCCUCUUCCUCUCUGCCGCCGCCGCCGGCUUCGCCGCCCACGGCCGCGGAGGACGAGGCGCGGGACUGGGCGGAGAUGCCGUCGGACGCGCUGGCGGCCGUGUUCGCGAAGCUGGACGUGGCGGAGAUCCUGCUCGGGGCCGGGCUGGUCUGCCGCGCGUGGCGCCGCCUCGCGGCCUCCGACCCAACGCUGUGGCGCCGCGUCGACAUGACCUACCAGGGGGACCAGCUGCAGACCGAGGAGGUCGAGGCCAUGGCGCGCGCCGCCGUCGACCGCGCUGCGGGCACCAUGGAGGCGUUCGGGGCCGAGACCUUCGUCAACGACGAGCUCCUACGCUACAUCUCUCAGAGGGUCCCCUCAUUGAAGAGCCUCCAUCUCUGCUUGUGCCAUCAUGUCACUAAUCAAGGUUUUGCAGAGGCAAUUAAUGGUUUCCCUCAGCUCGAGGAGCUAGAUGUUACAUUCUGCUCAUUGAAUGGUAGCAUGUGUGAGACUGCUGGGAGAGCCUGCCCACAACUUAAAUGCUUCAGGUUGAAUGAGCGCUGGUGUAUUCUUCAAAGUGAGUUUGCACCCUACGAGGGCAUGGAUGAUGACACGGAAGCAUUAGGGAUCGCUAGCACCAUGCCUGGGCUCCAAGAACUUCAGUUGAUUGGUAACCAGCUGACCAAUGAUGGACUCAUGGCAAUCCUUGACCGUUGCCCUCGCCUUGAAUCCCUUGACAUUCGCCAGUGCUACAACAUACAAAUGGACGAUGCACUGAAACUGAAAUGUGCUAGGAUACGAGAUCUGAAGCUUCCUCAUGACUCCAUCUCCGACUUCAGGUAUCGGGCUUACAUCGUCAGCAGCAUCGCUAACACUGGCUCUGAUUUUGAAUUGGAUAUGUAUGAUGAUCUGCUGGAUGUGGUCACUGAAGACGAUGAUGCUGAUUUUGAUGAUAUGGAUGAUUUUGAUGAUACAGUCUCAGAUGGAGGCAUGUACGGUGAUGACUUUGAUAUCUGAAGCAACAAGCAAGAAACUAAUUGGAACAGCUUUUCCGUGCCCCUUGUGUAGUGCUGUGACCUGGAAUGGUUCGGCAUCCCCUUGUGUUUGAGAUUCGGGUAGCUAGGAUGGAAUCUCCAUGAUGUUUAUACUUCUGCGCCUCUCCAUUUGUUGUAUGAAGCUUAAGUAGCUAAACUGGUUCUAAUUGAUGUCGACCGGUUGGAUUUUAUAUUUUGAACUUUUUAAAUUGAUAUUUUAAUAACCUAGGGCCAAACAAAUAUGUGUAUAUAUACCUCUUGGCCAUGUUAGAGAUUUGAUUACAUGUUUGCAUGUGAUUAUGGAUGUCUUAAUUUU